GUUCAGAUCUCAAUUCGGGGGGCUGAGUCGGGCUUGGCGCGCUGGGCAAGGGGCUCGCUCGCGGCGUGAUUUGCGGCUAUGUUUAGGGGACUGGAGUCGGGCAUCUUGGCCAGAUCAGGUGCGAGUUUCUCUUUAAACCUCACGCGCAUCGAUCCGCUGCUCAGGGACACUGCAUUUAUCCAGUUCUGCGUCGGCCCUGCGCCCGUAUUUGCUCCAGAUCCCCCAACCCAUCGACCCCGACAGAAUUAAAUAAUCCGACGGGAGGACGAAAAAUGCGCUGGGGCUCUUUGCGAUCUCUCGGUGGGGCCGCGACCCUGGGGCUCCUGCUCCUGCUCCAGGGCCAGCCCGUCCGAUCAGACAUCCCUAUCGAUGUGAGCUCUGCCGAUUCUCUCAAGUCGGCUGGCAAGACCAUCGCCGCCCCCAUGUGGGACUUUUACUUGCAGAAUCAGACCGAGGGUAUCCCCGGAAAACUCACGGAUACCUGGUACGUUGCUGGCGCCAUGUUCAUGACCCUGAUCCAGUACUGGCAGGUGUCGGGCGACAACCAGUACAACAAGGAUGUCUCCCAUGACUUGAUGUUCCAGGCGGGACGAAACUACGACUACUUUGACUCGAACUACAGUCAAUGGCUGGGUAACGAUGAUCAAAUGUUCUGGGGCCUUGCAGCCAUCACCGCCUCGGAGACGGGCUUCCCCGAGGUCGACGGCAAGCCGACCUGGACAUCGCUCGCCCGGGCCGUGUACACCAUGCAGGCCAACCGCUGGGACACCAGGGCGUGCGAUGGUGGUAUCACCUGGCAGAUUCACCCCUGGCAAGCCGGAUACACGCUGCGCAACUCCAUUUCAAACGGUGGACUGUUCCAGCUUGCUGCCCGUCUGGGUCGGUUCACGAAGAAUCAGACAUACUUUGACUUUGCAGAGAAGAUCUGGGAUUGGUCUGCCGAGUCGCCGCUGAUCAAUACUCAGAACUGGAACGUGGCGGAUUCCACGUCUGGUGAUAACAACUGUAUUGAUAUGGGCAAUAUGCAAUGGUCGUACAACUACGGUGUAUAUCUGGCUGGUACAGCAUUCAUGUAUAACGCGACCGGCGAAGAAAAAUGGCUCCGCCGCACCCAAGGCCUGCUAGGCAAACUCUCCACGCACUUCUUCCCAGAAGAAUACGGCGAGAACGUCUUCUCCGAAGUUUCCUGCGAAAAGCUCCACACCUGCGACCGCAACAUGCUCAACUUCAAAGGCUGGUCGUCAAUGUGGAUGGCCAUGGCGGCCCAAAUGGCUCCCGUGACGUACGACACGGUCCUGCCCAAACUCCAAGGGUCGGCGCAGGCCAUCGGGCGACAAUGCGACGGCGAGACGGAGAACCUGUGUGGUUCCCGCUGGUACCAGGAGACGUGGGACGGGAUCAAGGGUCUCGAGGUGCAGAUGGCGGCGUUGGGGGGGAUAACGGCGAACCUGAUGAUGAUGUCCAAUGCGCAUACGCAGACGAUUGACACGAAUCCGAAUGCCAAAGAGCAGUUUUUGGAUACGUAUAGUGAUGAUACGCCGGAUGCGCUGCCGCUGAUUUCGACGGGGGAUCGCGUCGGGAGUUGGAUUCUCACGGUGCUUUGGGGGCUGGGGAUUAUGGCUGCUGCGUGGUGGUUGAUUAAGCAGGCUUGAUUCUUUUGCUUCUAAUAAGACAUUGCUUUCUGCGAGAGGUAGAUUUGUCUAAAUAGUUCGGGCGAUGGUUUAUUCUGCUUUAUUUUCAUUUAUAGUGCUAGUUUUAGUAUGUUUAUAGGAGUUUUUUUUUUACUAUUUGAAGAUUCCGUGUCUUGUCAUACUGUGGAUAUACUUUGCUUCUAGGCACAGACCUUUCUCCGCCACUAAUGCGCUUGAGCACAUGGA